AUGAUCUCAAAAUUAAAGACCUUCUACCGAUCCGUCCUAUUCCAGAUCAUUAUCGUUGGCUUGGUAAGCUUUGCUGAACCGGGAAUAUGGAACGCUUUGAACAACCUUGGUGCUGGUGGGCAACAAAAGCCAUAUUUAGUCAAUGCUGCCAAUUCACUUACAUACGGUAUCAUGUCUAUCGGAUGUGCAUUGGCAGGUGGAUUAUGCAAUAGAAUUGGACUCAAAUGGACCUUGGUACUAGGUGUGAUCUUUUAUACACCUUAUGCUUCUAGCUUAUAUUGCAAUAAUCGAUUCGGAAAUGAAUGGUAUGUCUUAUUCGGUGCGGCUCUAUGUGGAAUCGGUGCCUCAAUGUUUUGGGCUUCCGAAGCAGCAAUAGGUGUAGGCUAUCCUAGUGAAGAUCAACGUGGAAGAAUGGUGGCAAUUUGGCUGGGAAUUCGUAACCUUGCUCCGUUGAUUGGAGGAUCGAUUUCACUCGCAGUAAAUGUCAAAGGAACACAAGCAGGAAAAGUGUCCUAUAAUACCUAUCUAGCAUUGAUUGGCCUUCAAUGUUUAGGUCUACCAUUUGCUCUGUUACUCAGUCCUACCGAAAAAGUUCGCAGACCAGACGGCACCCCAAUUCCACAUUUAAAAGGCAAACAAACUUCAUUCAAACAGGAAUUGCGUGAAAUUUUCAAGACGCUAAAAUUACCUCAUAUGGUCCUUCUCAUUCCAAUCUUUAUCAGCGGAAUCUGGGGGACAACAUAUCUUUCAAAUUACCUCACUCACUAUUUUUCCGUCCGUUCAAGGUCUCUGGCUGCACUUUUGACAGCAGUUGCCAAUAUUAUCGGGGAUGUCUUUAUUGGCUUUCUUACCGAUACGAAGACGUUAGGCAAUCAAGCUAAAAGGGCAAGAUUUACAUGGUUGUUUUUUGCAAUUCUGACAACCUCUUUAUGGAUCUGGCAAACGAUCACGCAAGUUCACUUUACCCGAAAUCCCCAAGCUGUGGGUUGGGAGGGAAGUACAGGUAGAUUCAAUAAUGCAUUUGCCGUUUUCAUUCUUUGGAAGUUUGCAUAUGAAUCUCAAACGGUAUUCUUGUAUUGGCUAGUAGGCACUUAUCCUGUACAAGAUGGAUCGAUGCCAAGAAUCGUGGGCGUUUUGCGUACUUUUGAAUCUAUUGGCAGCUGUUUAAGUUAUGCAGUAGGUGCAACUCACUGGGCAAAUCUGAACCAAUGCAUUCUUUCGUUCGCAUUGUGGAUGGCUUGCUUGAUUCCUACCACUUUGGCCGUUUUGCGUGUUCCAAGUUCUGAGCAAACGGAAAAAUCAAGCAUAGAACAAGGAAGUGAAGAUAAUGAAAGCGGCAAGCAUGUUGUAGAAAAGGUGUGA